GGUCGUGUUCAUGGUUUCAUCUGCGAAGUGGCUGCCUAUGUACGAGGCCAUCCAUUUUACUGGCCUCUCUAUAGACAUGCUCAGCUUGGAAGGCCAUUCUGCCGGAGACCAUGGCUCGGAUGUCACGGAUUAGGAGGUGGCGCUCCUUUUCAAAGAUGAACAGGACAGAGAACUUAUUCACCUAACUUGGUCAUUUGGUCAGUAUCGAAGUUGUUGCAUGAUUAAGCUUCAUCAGCUCCUUUGAUCAUGGAAAAUUCUAGAAAAGGGGGAUGGAUGGCACAAAAGCAGGGGGAGACUUUUCUUCUCUCUUUCUUUCUGGGUUGGUUCAUUACAUUACAAUUCUUUUAUAUCGGAUGAGCUGAUGAUGACUCUGCAAGAUAAAAGAGCUGAUUCGGUCAGCCACUUUAUUCCUGCUGAAUGCAUUCACCACUUCCUAGAUUUCUCCACCUUAUAAGGACUCUCUGCCGGGCGUUUGGAGCAGGGAGCGGCUCUCGGAGAGAAACAACCUCAAGAGUGAGUGGUCGGAGCUAAGAAGGGCUAAAGGAGCUUCACCCCCAAAAAUGAAGAACCCAAGCCAUGGCCAUGUCCUUGGAAUUCCUGUCAGCUCUGUCACAUAUGCAGCAGAGGAAUUACCAAGCGAGCCUGCUUCUGUUGCCGAGCCUGCUAGCUUAUACCUGCAAUCCGAUUCAUAUGGGUCCAUGUACUGCAAACACAGUAAAAAGGAUUCAGCUGUCGAUCGGAUGAGCAAGUUCAGCAAAAAAGCGGACAAUUAUGUGCAAGGAAUCCGAGAACAUGUGACCUUGGGGCCUAAGAUCACUGAAACUAUGAAGGGGAAGUUGAGCUUAGGGGCAAGGAUUCUUCAAGCGGGUGGCGUGGAGAGAGUUUUCAGGGAUGCUCUUUAUCUCAACCGAGAAGGUUGCAUUCCACAGCGACAAGUCCCUUACGCUAACUUCUUCCAAAGGAGACCUGGCCAGAGUGCCUUACAAGGUUUUGAUUCCGUUGAGAAUGAUGAAGAAAGCCACGUCGAGUGAGAAUCUGGACAAGCCAAACCAGAAGUACAUCCAGAUGGUCACCAUGGAUGACUUUGAGUUUUGGUUUAUGGGAUUUAUCAGAUACCAAAGAUCUUUCAGAUACCUACAGCGGGCAAUCUCAGAAUUACGAUGACCUUUCGGCAGAAUAUACUCAUCAUAUGAUAUGUUCGAGAAAUGAAAACAAGUCUUUAGUGUACAAUGUCUCGUUGUAAUUAUCACGAAAACUGCGACACGUUUUUCCAUCAGAGCAUGUUCCAUGCAGUCUUAAAGAAAAAAGGGUGUCGAUUUUGUUUCUUCUUUUCUAUGACAUCAUGCAAAUUAAGAGCAAUGCGUUCAUCGUA